AUGAGCGGCUUCUCGGAGAACACCUUGGGCGAAAUCAAGGCCUCGAAGUCCGCGGCCGCGCAGAAGGAGCUGUGGAUCGACCUCAUCCUGAGCAAGGAGUUCGUCGCCAAGGUUGACGAGGUGUUCGAUCGAUGCAACAUCAACAAAGACGCCACGCUCGGGAAGUCGGAGCUCGCCGCCGCGAUGGAGAUGCUGUACCUCGCGCUCGACGAGCACGUGGGCGGGGAGGGGAAUCUGCCCAAGGUGAAGGCGAGCGUGGACGAGAUCAUACGGAAGUACGACUCGAACCACGACGGGGUGUUGGAUCGAGACGAAUUCCGGGGAUUCGCGCAGACAUGUGCGAUCUGA